AUGGAUAGUAAGAGAUCACCAGUCAUGGGGGGAUUACAGUAUAUAAGGGAUAUUCAGAGAUACACCAUGUCCUGGAGGGUUACAGUAAUAAUGGAUAGUCAGAGAUAAACAGUUCCUGGGGGGUGGUAGGGUUACAGAUUUGGUAGUCAGGAGAUACAACCAGUCUGGAGGGCUUUACAGUUAAUAAUGGAUGUCAGGCGACACCAGUCCUGGAGGGUUACAGUAAUAAUGGAUAGUCAGAGAACACCAGUCCUGGAGGGGUACAGAUAA